AUGGUACGGGCCGAUAGGAUAAGGGAGAAGGACCGAUGUAUGAAGGUCUCCACACUGUCACUGCUCUUCACCGUGGUCCUCUUGGCCUGUCUGGUCAGUGAAGGUCACGGCUGGUUCUCUUCUGUCAGGAGGAAAGUCAGGCAGGGUGCCAGGUUCGCCAAAGGUGCCGCUCGAGGAGCACGUGACAUGUACAGGGGAUACAGUGACAUGAGAAAAGCCAACUGGAAGAAUUCUGAUAAAUACUUCCACGCUCGAGCCAACCACGAUGCCGCACGGCACGGACCAGGGGGCCGCUGGGCCGCUAGGGUGAUCAGUAAUGCACGCGAGAACUGGCAGAGCGGAGUGAGUGGGCGUGGUCACGAGGACACACGCGCAGACCAAGAAGCAAACAGGUGGGGUCGUAACGGAGGGGAUCCGAAUAGGUACCGCCCUAAGAACCUCCCCGACCAGUAUAUGAAGGUCUCCACACUGUCACUGCUCUUAACCGUGGUCAUCUUGGCCUGUCUGGUCAGUGAGGGUCACGGCUGGUUCUCUAGAUCUGCCUCCAGGGGAGUCAGUAGGGGAGUCAGGAGGGGAGCAAAGUUCGUCAAAGGUGCCGCCCUAGGAGCACGUGACAUGUACAGGGGAUACAAGGACAUGAGAGAUGCCAACUGGAAAAACUCUGAUAAAUAUUUCCACGCUCGAGCCAACCACGAUGCCGCACGGCACGGACCAGGAGGGCGCUGGGCCGCUAAGGUCAUCAGUGAUGCACGCGAGAACUGGCAGAGCGGAGUUAGUGGGCGUGGUCACGAGGACACACGCGCAGACCAAGAAGCAAACAGGUGGGGUCGUAACGGAGGGGAUCCAAAUAAGUACCGACCAGCUGGCCUGCCCAGCCGUUACUGAUUAUUGAGUGGAAAACACCGGAGAACGCAUGGACAACAUUCAUUACUAAAAACUGAUGACAAACAGUACUAGUAGCUACAUUGCACUGUGGAUAAUCUAACCGUGGUGUAAACAUACAGGACAUACGAUGAAUUGACCUGACCACAUUUAUUGGGACUUUGUGAUUGUAUAACUAAUAUAAUGACAUAAAGUUUAAACACAUUUAAUAAAUACUUACACAUGU